UGGGUUGAGAAAUGUGGCGCCUUUGUAAUCCUCCCAGAUAGGGCCUCUUGGUCUUUCUCCGCUCACUUGUAAACAUUGUCACUUGAGAGGAUGUGCAGCAGCUCUAGAGGUUCAUGGGAGGACAUUCCACAUUCAGAGGAACCAAUGUGGAAUUGAAGGACGUGCGUUUCUGAUCGUGUGACCACAAGGACCAGAAGAAUGCAAGCGGCCAUUGGUUCUGAGAAGAGUUGGCGAAGCUGUCUAAGUUGGAGACUGGUCCUUGUUCUGGACAACUACAAGUAAAUCCCUAACUCGGAUUCAAGUCAUCGAAUGAUGGUUCACAAGUUUGUCGACCUAUCUUGCCGGUUAUCGGUUUGAUGGUUUGUGAUACAGAGAUCAAGGGAGGUUGAAUCUGAUCCGUGCACAUAUAGCACCUCCUUGACGAACUUCUGAGUUUUCUCCUCUAUUAAGGGUGAAGGUAUUAGGAGAGUUUAGCGACUACAGGGGCUCAUAUGCAGAACGCGCUAAAAGAUUUCCAACCUUUCGUUUGUCUAUUUGAAGGAAAAAAUAUGACUGAGCUCUUGAUAGCUACUGGUUUUUUAGUGAAAGAAGACGCCGAGAAUGCAUACUUUUCAGCUACUGAUUUUUUAAUGGAAGAGGACGCCAAGACUGAGUACUUAUCAGCUACUGAUUAUUCAGUGCCAGAGCACGCCAAGACUGAGAACAGAGAGCCACCUGAUGGUUUCCCAAGUGAAGAAACCAUAUUGCCUCAGCAAGUCAAGCAUAUUGAAGUGCAAGUGGAGCAUAGUACUGAUAUGAGUGGGAAUGCCAAGCCUACCGAAGAGCUUGCUAAGAUAGUGCAGUUUGAGCUUGCGGAAGGGGCAAGACGCAGCCUGCCCAAAGUUGAGAAGUUUGAUUGCCAUCAUCGAGUUAUAAAACUAUGCAAUGCUCAACCUGUUGAUCAAGCUUUAAACGUUGCAGAAUGUGGUGAACUAAGCGAGCACAAGUUCAUCCGGUUGUUCAGUGAAUCUAUCCUAGAUAUGAAGGGGCCACAAUUGGAUUUCUUGAGUGAGAUUUGCCUUACUGCUCGUUCGUCUGAGGAGUUUUUUCUUAGCGUUGCAAGGAAUCAAUGGAUGCGGACAAUCAUCUCUUCUGAGAAGUCUCCUGAAGAAUUGUUUUCUCCAAUAUUGACAAUGGAGGAACGUGGAAAACUUAUCUCCAGCAUCAUCAUCCACAGCAACAUUCUGCCACGUGAUCCAUUUUGGACAAAGAUGCAAUCUACAAGAAAUGAGGCAAGUAGGAGAGUGCAUUUUCCGUGUGCUAUUUUCAAGAAGGCAUUACAGGAAGGGAACCCAUUGAUGCACAAUGUGCACGAAUGGAGGAAGAAGAAAGAACCAUGUGAUCUUGGUCAGAAUGGAUUCAAAAGAUCUGUGGAUGGAAACUCUAAAAAAGAUCCUCUAAAGUUGCUAUGGAAUAUCGAAUCUGGUGAUAUGUCACGGAAAGAGUUGGCACGCGGAAGUUGUGGGAUUGUAUGGUUAGUGACAUGGAGAGGUGGUCUGUUUGUGAGAAAAGAUUGCGUAAGAAGAUCUUCCACUAAUAAUUGUCGUAACACUGAAUCCUUGAUGGAUGCUAUAGAGAAGGAGCUCAAUGUGGUGGAACCACUAUCUAAUGAACACAUUGUUUACUGCUUUGGGGUCUCUCAUGCUGUAAACAAGAGUUCUAUAUUCAUGGAGUACAUGCCCUAUAAUCUAUAUCAAUUGAUAAUUGAAAAAGUGGAAAAAACGGGUGACAGCGAGCCACCAUUUCCUCACCAUGACUCUAUUGAUAUAAUACUGCAGUGUGCAAAAGGUAUGGCAGAUAUGCAUGUAAAUAAUGUGGUACAUGGCGAUCUGAAGUCUUCAAAUAUUCUUGUAAGCGAAAUUUUGAUUUCAGAGAAUGAAAAACGUUAUUUGGCUAAGGUUGCUGAUUUUGAUAAUGCUCAAAGCAUGAACAAAGAAUCCAAAGGUAAAUUCCAACCGAGAUGGGGAACUACCAAGUAUUCAGCACCAGAAUUAUUGAAGUGGCUCGGUGACAAGACAGAGGUCAUCUGUUUUCCGAAAGCUCUUGAUGUGUACAGCUUUGGCAUUGUAGCAUUUGAGGUUCUAACAGGAGAGGAGCUCUAUUGUAACGUGCAUUCUCGAAAGAAAUUGAGACAAGGCGUAAUUGAGGGUACUUUGAGACCACCCCUUCGUAAAGAAUGCCAAAAAGAGAACUUUUUAAAUGAUGAGAGAUUGAUAUCACUGGUUGAGAGUUGUUGGCAGGAUGAUCCCUCCAAAAGACCUCCCUUUAAGGACAUCGUCAAAGACUUGAGCGACAUCAACAGAGAGAUUUUGAAGCCAACUCCACGAAAUGGCUACCCUCAACCACAAGGAAAAUUUGUGAACUCUCUCAGUUUGUUUGGCGGGUAGAGAGGCUGCGGAGGCGAUGGAUAAUUGGUGUGUGAUUGCGGUGGUGAGGGCGAGUUCGUGUGACUUGAUUCACACUGGAGUUGGAAGGAGUUAGGGGAACUUCGUUGGGCCACCCGUGUAGUUUGGUGCUGUGGAAGUCACUAGCUCGGUUUUGGAUAGCGGCAUCGCAGAUUUUGGUAUGCAAAGGGUUAUCCAGAGAAGCCAGUCUUAAUAUAAGAAGACAAUUACUUCUCUGUGACAUGGGCCAGAAACGGACAGGCCUGCGGAUGAGAGCAUCAGGCCGUCGAUACAAGAAAGCUCUUUGCUAUUCAUAGUCUGCAACGGUUCUGCUGCUUGAUAGGAUUGGUACAAUUCCACACGAUCAGGAUAAGGUGCUGGAGAUUGCAAGCCUGAAUGAACAAUUAGGCUUGUUGGGUGUUGAAGUCGUUCCAGUUACAGCCGAUGGCAACUGUUUUUUUCAGGUUCAUACAUGUCCAGUGAGCGCAAUCAUUUUAUAUAUUCAUUCAUGUUCGUGUAUAACAUUGGUAACACUAUGAGAUAAGUUGUCAUAACUUUAAGCAAGUUAAGUUGUUACAACUUUUGAAAGUAUAAUAUCAAGUAAAGAUGAAGAUUUCAGAAAGUGACUUUUUUCUUU